AUGGCAAAUUGGGCGGGCGCCAUGAUUAGCACGAUACGCUGGCGCAACGUGGUCCUGGUACUCGUCGUGCUGACAGCGCUUCACUUUAUCUUUAUCGACGACACGCUACGGAAUUCCUAUUCGUCGUACAAUAUCCCGGACAAAGAGCAUAGCGCCGUCAGCGAGCCGCCGAAGGUGGCCGAAGACAAUGCGCCCGUAGAUGUUGGGAAGACGGCCCCCGAAUUGGCGAAAGCCUCUGCGCUGGUCGUGGCGGGAGACAGCAAGCCAGCCGACCCCAAACCUACAUCUGUUGCGAAGCCUGCGGAUGCCAAACCGAGCUGCGGCGAGUUUUAUGCGGAUGGUGGGGCGGCGGCGGCGGCGGGCGCGGAUAAGGAUAAGGAGAUUGCUGCUGAACCGACAGCGCCAGCAGCGCCCGAAACAACAUCUACACCCGCGCCUUUCGACUCGGGCGAUAAGGAUGAAUAUCUCGCUAUCUGCGUUUCGGUCAAGGACCAGUACCUCGAUGUCCUGGAGUGGCUGACGCACCACUACCACCACCAUAAUGUCCGACGAUUCUAUCUGAUGGAUGACGGCUCCACGCCAGUUCUUGCCACGCUGGACUUCAGCAGCGCAGUCGACCCGAAAGCGAUCACCCAUCGCUACUACCACCCGGCGACUCGACUAUUCAAGCACCAGCAACUCGUCGCCUACGACGAGUGCAUCGCGCUCUUCGGACACAAGCACAAGUGGAUGGCCUUCCUCGACGCCGACGAGUUCCUCGAAGUCCGCGGCAAGGAUACGCUGCACGCCAUGCUCAAGGAGCUCGACAGCGACGAGAAGAUCGGCGCGCUCGCCAUCAACUGGCAGAUCCACACCUCGUCUGGCCUCUUGAAGCGACCCGCCUCAUCACGCAAGUCCUUCGUGACCUGCAUCGAGAACUACGACAACCCGGGCCACGACCCGGGAUUCGGCAAGGAGAACGAGCACAUCAAGACGAUUGUCAAGACGAAGUCGUACAACAAGCCGCUCAACCCGCAUAAAUUCGAGCUCAAGGACGGCGCGCGCACGGUGGGCGAGAAGGGCGAUAAUGUGGACAGACUCGCGUGGCGCGUGCCGAUUACGACGGAUCGCAUCUCGGUGCACCAUUUUGCAUCGAAGAGCAGGGAGCAGUUCGAGGCGAAGAUUAGUCGCGGGAAUGGGAUGGGGGAUCCGAAGGGGUGGGAGUGGUGGAAUCACACGGAGAGCUUGCCGGAUUACAAGUGCGAGGAGAUGACGAAGUAUGACCCGUAA